AUGCAUUUUUCAUCAACCUUUCUGCUUGCCAUUGCCGCACUCCUUGAUACGACCACUGCCCAAAUCCCGGAUAUAUUUCAGGGGUCUGCACACCUCGACAACAAAGGAGGAGGUAUUUUCGAUAUCAACUAAAUCUACAAAUACAAGGGCGAUUGCGAACUCAUCCAAUGCCAGCACGAAAUGGGCACAUUUCCGAUGAACAAUUAUGUAGUCAGUUGUGCUCCUGAUACAGAAUACGCAGUCGAGAUUGACUGGGUAGAUUUUGAUCUUCCCCUUCGUAUUGCUAUCAUCACACCCAAUGACGAACCAUAUGGCACUGAUAUGAUUCCUUUCAACAAGAAGCAUAUCGUCGGCCCUACUGGAUUCGAAAACUCUUGCGAGUUUGGCUUCAAGCUUGACAAAGAUUACAAUGAGUUACUUAUCGAGGGCGAUUCAAAUCUGUCGCCUAAUGCACCAAAUGGCAUUCAUGAUGAUGAGCGCCCGAUUCCCCUGUGCUAA